UCUGAGCACUCAGGACAGGCCCUACAUGGGGCUCGAACUCACAGACCGCGAGAUCAUGACCUGAGCUAUAGUCGGCUGCCCAACCGACUGAGCCACCCAGGUGUUCUUCAUCUGAACCAUUUUUAACAAUAGUGUUAUACUCACAUUUUUGUAUACAUGAUAUACUUGCACUUUUUGUUAUCUUUUUUUCUUACGCUACCUAUGUCCAAUAAAUCUUCCAUGUGGCAAACUGGUCCACGUGCUUGUAAUUUUUUUUCCACAUGCUUGUAAUUUUAAAGAUGCAUCCUGUUCUGUCCCAUGACUAAAACAUAUUUUAGUCGGCCAUUCUCCAAUAAUUGGACAUUUAUGUUGCUUACGAUUUUUUUACUUUAAAAAAAUAUGAUGAGCUUUCAGUGCAUAUAGUAUUUUUCCCUUUAGUCAUUUACAAUCAUCUUCCUAUGAUGAUUUUCUAGAAGUUUUCUGAGGAAAAUGAAGUCACAGGUGAUGAUUAUUGCAUGGUUUCUUUAAAAAUUACAAUAAAUUUGUUUUGCGAGUGAAAUAUGAGGGCACCAAUUUCAGCACACUCUCACCAACAUUUGAUACUUCUAAUUUUGCUAAUUUAAUAUUUUUAAAUGUUUCUUUUUCUAACGUAUAUUUUUUCCUAUAUCUGUUUUCCUUGAGCAUUUCCUCUGAUGGGAAAUGCCAGUUCAUGCCUCUUGUGUAGGUCGGUUUUGAGAGACUGUCUCAGUAUUUUUCUUAUUCCUUUUCAAGGGCUGUGUAUGUAGUAGAGAUUUUAACCCUUUAUCAUAACUGUAGUGAACAUUUCCCCCCAUCUGUUUGUAAUUUAUUGUCAUGCUCUCAUCUAUAGCAAUUUAGCAUUCUUUUACAGUUCAGAUCUUUCCAGUGUGAUUUCUCCUGUCGCGUUGUCUCAGAAAAUUCUCUCCAUGUUGUCUCAUCCCAGGGCUUUAGUAAAGAAUUUAAUUCUCUGAAACCGACCUGUUCCUUAAAUGCUCACUGGUUAACCAAGAUCCCUCCUUUAUAUUUGAGUAACGUAGGCUAGUAGGCCUAUGCCUAUAGGAAGAGUUCUGGUGUGCUGGGACCCGGAUCCAGGCGCCGUGGGGAGCGAGGUGGAGGGCACAGCCGCCGCUGACCCAGGCUGCGGUGUGACUCCGCGGGAACACAAGAGUGGCAAUACCCAGAAUGAAGGAUGAGACUGCACCUAAAUGUCCGUGCUUUCGCCUUACCCUUUCCCUUCCUAAACAGCAUUGGGGAAUGAAAGCACUUCUGAAAAUUAAAGAUCACAUGGCCGGUAGGUUUUCCUAUCUUGUUAGAGUCCGUAUGUUUCCAGAAAUGAAGGCUCCCAGUCGACCUACCGCAAUGCAUUUACUGCGCCCUCGGUGUGCGGAGCCCUGUCCUAGGAACAUUGUGUGUAUCCGUGUGGUUUGCAAGUAAUAAUAACUCCGGGGCAGCCAUGAGUUAUGUGGCACGGUGGAAAGGAUAAACGGGAGAUGAGAAGAUAAAUCUAGGCGGAUAACCGAAUGUAGAGAUGGCUCCGUUGUGGAUUCUUGAUGGUAUGAGAGAUACGGCACGGUCCCGUUGCACCCACCCUCAGUCCUCCCCGCUGCCUUGCACCUCAGCCCUGUGUCCAGCUGGUCGAAGCCCCUGAUCCCACAGACAAGAUCGUCCUGCCCCCAGCCAGGCAGUCAAGUUCACUCAAGGUACGUCUCAAAGCUGUUGCCAGGGUCUUAAAUCCUGGCGGAGAGCCACGUGCGCGGGACUGCGAGUCAGAAGCGCCCGCCCCCCAUCCCUGCUGCUGCCCACGAGCCUGAAGACUUAGGCGACCGCAGUGGGAAGGCACAUCUGACCUCUUGGUCCUGGUUCCCACCCGCCCACCUAGGUUCGCAGUUAUCUUUCUUUCUCGGUGCAGACCACAAACCCGAAACCGCUUGUUUUGUUCUUUGCUGGGACCAAGAACAGCACUGCUUGACUCUGUAUCUUUUCCAUGGCAGGCAGGUGGAGGGGAACGCGCCACACCUCCACCCCGUCCCCAGUUGGGCACUAAUCCACUCAUGUUAACUUGUAGGCAGAGCAUCUGCCACUUUCAUCUUGAAAAAGAAAGCAUCAGAGGUUCAGAUCCCCGAACCUGUCAAUAGUGAGGUCCACCGCGGCAGAUUCGCUCUCAGUCGCUCUCAGGACAACCUCCUCCCUCCCAUCCCACACUGAGGGAAUUCACCCUCGGGGCCGCCCGGCCUCGCGCUCUCCCCCAGCCCGGCGGCGCGGGUGAAAAGGGACGCAAAUGCCCCCCGCAGACAGGCCCUGGGGUGCCCGCGGCUCUCAGGGUGCGCAGCGGGACCCGGCAAAGCCGGCUGUCCCUCCCCUGGGCUUCGCCUCGCAGAGUCCGGAGGACGAUGACCGGAAGGUCCGAAGGAGAGAAAAAAACCGAGUUGCUGCUCAGAGAAGUCGGAAGAAGCAGACCCAGAAGGCUGACAAACUCCAUGAGGGUCACUUCAUAUUCCAAGAUGGCUGCUGGAGCUCCACUCAUCAGGUGCAGCUUCGAGGCCAACAGCAAGACAAAGGGGAAGAAAAGAAAAAGGGUAUCUGUCUCUCACUUUUACAGAGACUUUCCAAAGACCCUUUUAAUUAUGUUUCUUUGAUCACAAUUUUAUCAUAUGGGCACAUCUCGUUGCAAGGAGGGUUGGGAGAUAAAAUCUUUUAGCUGGGUAUGUUGUUGAGGAUUUGGUUACUAAGGAAGAAGGGGAGGGUGGAUACAAGCAAUAUGCUGAGCAAAAGAAAAUCCAGGACACAAAAAGAGUAUAUACUAUAUGAUUCCACUUAGAUGCAACUGUAGAAAAGCCAAGUCGAACUUCCAGUGACAGAAAACACAUCAUUGAUUGUGGUAUUGAUCCCAGGAUUGAAUAGGCUGGGUACAAGGAAACUUUUUGAGAUGAUGGAAAUGUUCUGUGACUCGAUUGUAGUGAUGGUUAUAAAGGUGUAUAAAUUGAUCAAAAUUCAUCUAAAUGUGCACUUAUAAAUUAUAUUUAUUAUACCGUAUAUAAAAUGUACCUCAACUCUAUUGUUGAUUUUUUGUAAGUAUGGAAAAUCCCAGCACUACAAUAAAACUGCUCUUCAAUUUUGUUUA